CUGGGCGUCCUGCUGAUUGAGGUGGUAUCCAUAGGCUGUAAGGUAACGUUACUUGCAGAAGUACCUCAGUUUAGGUAAAGGUAGUGCAGGAAAAGUUGAGUGAGAGACCCUGAUGGUGUGAGUUUGAUCAACGAGUACAAGUUUACAUUUAGUUAAAGACGGUUAUAGGUUUUUAAUCCAUCACCGGCUGCGGAACCGAAGACUUUCGACACAGAGCUAACAUAAUCUGCGCAUUCUUCAAGUUGACUGACUGUCGAGUUGGCAAAGAUGUUUCAGAUAAAAAGGAUCUGCUGCAUUGGAGCGGGGUAUGUAGGAGGCCCGACAUGCAGUGUGAUCGCCCACAUGUGUCCAGAGAUCACGGUGACCGUUGUGGACGUCAAUGAGUCUCGCAUCAAAGCCUGGAACUCAGACACUCUGCCCAUAUACGAGCCGGGUCUGAAAGAAGUGGUUGAAUCAUGCAGAGGGAGAAAUUUGUUUUUCUCCACAGACAUAGACCCAGCCAUCAGGGACGCAGACCUUGUGUUCAUCUCUGUCAACACCCCAACUAAGACCUAUGGGAUGGGCAAGGGUCGUGCAGCUGACCUUAAGUUCAUCGAGGCGUGUGCUCGGCGGAUUGUCGAGCAGUCUGAUGGCUACAAGAUCGUCACAGAGAAGAGCACCGUCCCUGUUCGAGCGGCUGAGAGCAUUCGUCGGAUAUUUGAUGCCAACACCAAGCCCAGCCUCAACCUACAGGUGCUUUCCAACCCAGAGUUCCUUGCAGAAGGAACAGCAGUGCGGGAUCUGAAGGAGCCAGACCGUGUCCUGAUUGGUGGAGACGAAACAGCUGAAGGUCAGAGGGCAAUCAAAGCGCUGUGUGCCGUCUAUGAACACUGGGUCCCUAAAGAUCGCAUCAUCACCACCAACACAUGGUCGUCCGAGCUGUCCAAACUGGCAGCCAAUGCCUUCCUGGCCCAGCGGAUCAGCAGCAUCAACAGCAUCAGUGCUCUGUGUGAGGCCACCGGGGCCGACGUGGAGGAGGUGGCCAAGGCCAUCGGGAUGGACCAGAGGAUAGGGAGCAAGUUUCUGAAAGCCAGCAUAGGUUUUGGUGGAAGCUGUUUCCAGAAGGAUGUGCUGAAUCUGGUUUACCUGUGCGAGGUCCUCAACCUGCCUGAGGUCGCCUCCUACUGGCAGCAGGUGAUCGACAUGAACGAGUACCAAAGGCGGAGGUUUGCCUGCAGGAUCAUUGACUGCCUCUUCAACACCGUUACUGGAAAAAAGAUUGCUUUGCUGGGCUUCUCCUUCAAAAAAGACACGGGUGACACAAGGGAGUCGUCCAGUAUCUACAUCUCUAAGUAUCUGAUGGAUGAGGGAGCCAAGCUGUUCAUCUACGACCCCAAAGUCCUCAAGGAGCAAAUCAUUCAUGACCUCUCGCAGCCCAACAUCUCCGAGGACAACCCACAGAGAGUGUCGGAGCUGGUGACGGUGACCACUGACCCGUAUGAGGCCUGCCAGAUGGCCCAUGCGUUGGUCAUCUGCACCGAGUGGGACAUGUUUAAGGAGCUGGACUAUGAGAAGAUUUACAAGAAGAUGCUGAAGCCGGCCUUCAUAUUUGACGGCCGCAGAGUGCUGGACCAUCUCCACGCUCACCUUCAGAACAUCGGCUUCCAGGUCGAGACCAUCGGUAAGAAAGUGGUCGCAGCACGGAUCCCCUACACCCCCGCCGCAGCCAUUUGUCGCAGCAUCCCCGCCCCUGAACCUCCCACCAAGAAACCCAAAGUCUAAACCUCCCUCACCUCCACAUUCCUGUUAACCUUUUUAAAAUAAAAAUAAAAAGGCCGAAAGAGCGUGACCAGCUGCUCCCUGCAGUCGGUCUGAGAGGAGGUCGAGCCUUUAGAACAAAUGUGUGUGAAUGUGACCCAAAAAGUGUUUGGGUCUGUAGAAAGGGGAUAAAGCAAUGAUAAAGGGGAUAAAGCAAUGAUAAACGGUUUUAUUUUUAAGUCAAAUAGCAAUGAAAACAUUUUAGAUGCAGUUAUACAUGCACCGUCUACUUUCUUACAGCAUUUACUAUGUAAUCAAGUAUUGUUGCUAAAUUGCAAAACAAUUUUUAUAAAAGUAUUUUUAUAAAUCAUCUAACUGUAAGUUAAUCAGUAUUGUCCUCUGUAUCAGUGACUUUUUUACUACAAUAAAAUGUGACAUCUCCU